GUCUGCCAAGAGGGAAAGCGUCGGUUGUAGCUGAAUGUUCGGGAACGGGUUGUGUGUGUAUAAAUGUAUCUGGCUGAGUUUGCGAGUUCAGACAACAGGCUUUCAAGACCCGAGAGAGACGUCGGUAGAGAGCUAACGCGAAAGUGCAGUUGCUUACUGCUUUGGUUUUAUUUUCCGAAGAGUUGGGAGAUCUACAGUCAUGCCGAAGACUCCAGCCGUUGGGAUUGAUUUGGGAACAACGUAUUCCUGUGUUGGGGUUUUUCAACAUGGUAAAGUUGAAAUUAUCGCCAACGACCAAGGCAACAGGACCACACCCAGUUAUGUUGCGUUCACCGACACGGAGAGACUUUUGGGAGACGCGGCGAAAAAUCAAGUUGCUUUGAAUCCCAGCAAUACUGUGUUUGAUGCAAAGCGUCUGAUUGGGAGGAAGUUUAACGAUCGAGCUGUUCAGGGUGACAUGAAGCAUUGGCCCUUCAAGGUCGUCUCAAAGGGAGAUAAGCCGAUCUUACAGGUGGAAUUUAAAGGGGAAAAUAAGUUGUUUGCACCCGAGGAAAUCAGUUCCAUGAUUUUGACAAAGAUGAAGGAGACAGCUGAAGCUUAUCUGGGCAGUAAGGUCACAGAUGCAGUUAUCACUGUGCCGGCAUAUUUCAACGAUUCCCAGCGGCAGGCGACGAAAGACGCCGGGACCAUUACCGGUCUCAACGUCCUGAGAAUUAUCAACGAGCCGACGGCAGCUGCACUGGCGUAUGGCUUGGACAAGAAUCUGAAAGGUGAGAAGAAUGUAUUGGUGUAUGAUCUGGGCGGCGGUACCUUCGACGUCUCCGUCCUCACCAUCGAUGAAGGGUCGAUGUUUGAAGUGAGAUCAACAGCAGGGGAUACCCAUCUUGGUGGAGAGGACUUCGACAACCGGCUCGUCAAUCACUUUAAGGAUGAGUUCAAGAGAAAAUAUAAGAAGGAUCUCACCGGAAACCACAGGGCUAUCCGACGCCUGCGCAGUGCCUGUGAACGGGCCAAGAGGACAUUGUCAAGCAGUACAGAGGCUGGAAUAGAGAUCGACUCUCUUCAUGAAGGUAUUGACUUUUAUUCUAAAAUCACAAGGGCUAGAUUUGAGGAUCUGUGCUCAGACCUGUUCCGCAACACCAUGGAACCUGUUGAGAAGGCUCUGGUCGAUGCCAAAAUGGACAAGGGUAAAAUUGACGAUAUCGUAUUGGUCGGGGGAUCAACCCGUAUUCCUAAAAUUCAGAAACUGCUUCAAGAAUUCAUGAACGGGAAAGAUCUGAAUAAGUCUAUCAACCCGGAUGAAGCGGUUGCCUACGGUGCUGCAGUCCAGGCCGCCAUCUUGUCCGGCGAUACCCAUGAGACUAUCAAGGACGUAUUGCUGGUUGAUGUAGCCCCACUGUCUCUUGGUAUUGAGACAGCUGGAGGGGUAAUGACGAAACUGGUGGAGAGAAAUGCUCGUAUACCCUGCAAAACGUCAAAAACAUUCACAACGUAUUCUGAUAACCAGUCAGCAGUAUCAGUGCAGGUCUAUGAAGGCGAGAGAGCGAUGACUAAGGAUAAUAAUCUUCUCGGUCGCUUCGACCUGACGGGAAUCCCCGCUCCACGUGGUGUGCCUCAGAUUGACGUCGUUUUUGACAUUGAUGCCAAUGGCAUCAUGAACGUAUCCGCUCAGGACAAGAGCACUGGGAAGUCCAGUAAAAUCACCAUUACGAACGACAAGGGCAGACUAAGCAAGGAGGAGAUUGACAGAAUGGUCAACGAGGCCGAUACAUAUCGAGAAGAGGACGAGAAACAGCGAGAACGCGUGACGGCCAGGAACCAGCUCGAAGCUUACGUCUUCAGUGCAAGACAAGCCGUGGGAGACGCCGGUGACAAGCUGCCUCAAGCUGAUAGAGACACCGUCAAUGCCAAAUGUGAGGAGACUCUGAAAUGGUUGGAUGCCAAUAUGCUGGCUGACAAAGACGAAUAUGAUUAUCAGCUUAAGGAAAUCCAAAAAACGUGCCAACCUGUGAUGAUGAAGCUUCACGGCUCAGGUCAGUCGUCUGGGGGUCAAGGUCAGGGUCAGGGUCAAGGUCCGACUGUGGAAGAAGUGGACUAAACUGUUCAAUGUCUGUGUAUCAGCGCUCUAUCGUACAACAUAGCCAGCUGUGUCGUUGUUUGUUGAUUGAUUGAUUGAUUGACAUUCUGAAUAAUUCGGGACAUGAUCUACCUAAUAAGGAGUAUCACUGGUGCUAGACAAGGGAUUAUAAUAAUUGGUGUAUGUAUAUUUUGAAUAAUAUCGGUAAGUUAUUUGAUACAUGAAAUGACAAUAUGUAACCCUCAUCUCAUCGGAGACUCAACAAUUACGUCCAAUUUUACAAUUUGCUUUCGUAUAUACUGGUAUAUUACGUCAACAGUCUAUAAAAAGGCUGGGAAGAGUAUUUAGUCUUAACAAAACAUUCUACACACGUACAUGCUAGAUCAACGAGAGAUUGCGCGUUGUGUGCUCCAUAUAAAGAUGUGUCUGUGCUAUCAUCGUCUCCCCCUAGUAUAUCCUGUGUUUAAAAAUACAUCACGGCGUGCAUUGUGACCUAAACGACCGCGUGUAAAGCCCCACAGAGCAAACGAGAACGAGAUAGCGCCAAGUCGACAUAGGUUGUCUCCCUUGGCUCAUAUACAAACACGCACUCUCUCGGCAGGGUAUUGUAUUCUCACUUUAUACAUUACUGGGAGUUAAUUUAUGCGAAUACAUUUAGGCAUUGUUUUAAAUUCAGUUCAUUAUCUUACAACAGCCUAUUCUGAUUUGAAAUGGGUAUUUUGUUUCUCCUUUUAAAUGUAAUUGAUUUAAAGGAACAUUUAUAGAUGCCUGUUAAUGUGAAUGAAUAUAUUGCGAGAUUAUUUGGAUUAUCAAUCAGUAUUUUACUGUUGUGUAUUAUGGGACUAAUGUUGCUAUCAGGUAUAUGUGUUGUUUAAAUACUAACAAUCAUACACUUCCAUAAUUUCUUUACUGAUUCCCACUUGACCAGGAACAUGCUCUGAAAAAGCCAGAUAGUGCUUUUGGAAAAACUUAUGCCCCACCUUUUUAUGGACGCUAGCUUUUGCCCUACACGUGUGCUGAUAUGUGCCGGUAUGCUUGGUAACGCCGUACCUACAGGUGUUGUUUCAGUGCAUUAUUUAUAUUUUUAUGAAGAAAUCCACUGCCGGGCAAAAGAAAGUAAAAAGUUUUCCCCUGAAAACUGGGUGAGACCAAAA